UCGCGGGGAGACAGCGGCGCUGGUGGUGGCGGUAGUCGUCAAAGUGACAUCAAGCACAGCGGUGCUAAUACUACUAAUAAUACUACUACACUACUCAUCAUCAUCAUCACAAUACUCACCAUAGUCGUGAAGGAUAAGGAUGGCUGUAGGCAGGGGCAGCGACAACCACUGACAGCAACAAUCGGCGCAGGCGAUGUUGAUGUUUUUAUUGUUGCGGUGAUGACGGUGCUGUACCUCACGUUGAUUAAAAAACUAUUUUGUGUUAAUAGCGACAACUUUGUUCAAAACAACAACAGCAGCGGCGGCGACGACGACUCCGACUGACGAUACUGACAACAAGCGGCGGCCGCUUAAACAUCGGCAACUGGAUUUUUUGUAGUUCCAUCAUCUUCAGCAACAACAUCAACAUCAACUGGGUACGGUGACAACAUCAUCAACAGCAACUGGAUCUACACGGUUGGCCUACUACUACGUACGGCGCGAAAGAAGUCCCACGUAACAUAUGGCCACGAGAGCUCCAGCAACGUGGACAACAGCGACUUGGAUGCAGCAACAACAACAACAUCAUCAUCAACAUGCAUCGGUAGCAAUUAACGAGCAGUGCCCCACCUCAUUAAGUCCUUAAUUAGUACCGGGGCCAAAUUUGGCGAAUUGGUAAAGGUGGUCGAGACCCAUGCGGACAGCGAUAGAGACCCCCCAGUAAGUAACCCACCCCACGCCCUCGAUUCCCUGCCAAAGCUGAUGGUGGUGCCGGUCAAGGAUGCACGUGGCGAGAUCCGACGAGUUGACGCCUCUGCUCAAGGCGCAGCCCUGGCAGCAGGAGGUGGACAUCGACAAGCCGUGGGCUCUGGGUUCAAAUCGGGAGCAGGGUCACAAUAGGAGCCACUGCCAGGGUCACAAUUGGAGCCACGGAGACUUGUCACGCAGACCUGGCCAUGGAGGACAGGGUGAGGGUGCGAACCCAGGUGACCUGGCUCGAGAUCCCAUCUGGGACUCGGUCACUCCGGGCCUCCGGGCCGUGGGGUUGGUCAACGACGCCGACGGUGGCGUGAACGACGAGGCCACUCCAGGACGCGCGUAUCGGCGCCGCUGGGCCGUGUUGGCCGCCUUCUGUUGCCUCUCGUUCCUGCAGGGACAGGUGUGGAACAGCUGGGGGCCCGUGGCCGAGUCGGCACGGCUCGUGUUCGGCUGGGGCCCGAGCGACGUGGCCCUGCUGGUGGUGUGGGGCCCCGUGGGGUUCAUCCUCUGCCCGCUGUCUGUGCUGCUACUGGACAAGCGAGGCUUGCGCAGCUCCCUGCUGGUCACGUCGCUGGUGGUGGUGCUGGGCUGCUCGCUCCGAGCGAUCCCCACGGCCGACAACGCCACCAGGAAAUGGCUUAUCCACGCGGGGCAGCUGCUGAACGGCGUGGCCGGGACGACGACCAUGGCGGCGCCGCCGUACCUCUCGGCCGCGUGGUUCCCGGCUAAGCAGCGAACCACGGCCACGGCCAUCGCCUCGCUCAUCGGAUACCUGGGCGCCGCCUCCGCCUUCCUGCUGGGCCCCGCCGUCGUGCCGGCACCAGGGCCCACGCCGGGGCCUGCGGAAUUGCAGCUCAUCUCCAAACGCAUUGACAUCAUGCUCUACGCGCAGGCGGCCUACGCUGGACUGCUGCUGGUGGUCGUCCUGCUCUUCCUGCCGGCGCUGCCCCCGCGCCCGCCCAGCCUCUCCGCCGCUGCCACGCGCCUGCCGUACCGCGUCGCCUUGCGCAAGCUCGCCAGAAGCCGGCGCUUCUGGCUCAUCGCCCUGGCCUACGGCGCUGCUUCGGGCGUCGUGGGCGGGUGGAGCGGAGUCCUCGAUGUCAUCUUGAGCCCCAACGGCGUCUCGCAGGCGAAGGCCGGCUGGGUUGGUUUUUCUUGCACCACGGUUGGAAGUUUCGCCGGCAUCAUCAUAUCCAGGUUCGCUGACUACUUUGCGGGGCAGCUGAAGGCGAUGCUGCUGGUGAUCUACACGGCCGCCACCCUCGCCGCCGUCUGGUUCACGCUCAUGUCCUACGGCAACAUUCCCUUCUUGCCGUUUGACACAGGCAGCCUGUACGCGUGCACGCUGCUGUUGGGCGUGAGCACCAACAGCAGCAUCCCGCUGUUCUUCGAGCUCUUCGUGGAGACCACCUACCCCGUGCCCGAGGGCAUCACUUGCGGCAUCGUCACCUUCCUCAGCAACCUCUUUGCGGGGCUCCUGCUGGUCUUCCUCAUGGUUUACCCCCAAGACGUGCUGUGGUUGAACUGGGCGCUCGUGUGCUCGUGUGUCCUCACCGUGUUCCUCGUGCUGCUCUACCGCGAGGGAUACAACCGCCUGCAGCUGGAAGCUGUCGCGAGCUCGUGAGCCGGAGAAAGUUGGCUCCGGUCGCACCACCACCACCACCACCGCUCACCACAGCUCACCACAGCUCACCACCGCUCACCACCGCUAAAACCCCGAUGCACUCAGGCAGAUUCAGAGCAAUAGUUGCCGGCGAUCGACGCUAGAAAUAGUUGCCACGAAAUCUUAUGGUUAAAAAAAAUAAUAAUGCGGUUUUCCGAAAUCUGGAUCAAUCUAAUUACUGCUGCUAUCUGUCGUGGGCAACUGAGAUGGCAAUUUCCGAUACGAUCGCAGUUGGAGGUCACAUGACUACCCGAAGUUGUGCGCCCAGCACUGUUGGUUAGAAAGCACACGUUUUCAACAACAAACUCUGCUUUAACUGGACAGACGUAACCCCCAUAACUCUACGACAGUGCCGCGUCAAGUUGCCGUAACUGCUCAUGAUAAAAACACGUCGGUGAUGAUUUUUGGCGACGAUUUGCCUGGAUGUUGCCCGGAUGUUGCCCACGUGCAUCAAGACCUUCAGCGGGCUCUUAUCCCGGCGAUACGGAACUUCCAACGACACUACGGGCGAACGCACGAGGAGGCGCGCGCGCGUGCUCAAAUUCACGCAAACGCUUACGCAGGAACCGGGAUCCCUCUUUUAACGAGUUUAUAACCGCGCGUCGCGGAGAAAACGACGCGCAAAAACGGCACAGAAAUCUUCCUGAUGCGACUCGCCGGUUGAAGGGGCAGGCGUCAAAGCACUGUAGCUGGGAAGCGCUGCUGCUGCCACGUUCGCAGCGUUCGUUUCCCCGACUAACGAAACACGUGCAAUAAUUUUAAGAGAUACCUUUUUAUUUUUCAUAAAAUAUAUAUAUUGAGAGAAUGCAUGUUUUGUUUUCAUCCGGGUGGUUUUAAAAGGACCUCUGCGUUUCCGUAGCGGGCUGAUUCGUGUUCCCACCGUGCUCACUUCAUUCCUGGCGUUUGACCCCCGUGACGGUUGUUGUUUUACUGGUGACGAACCUUGCAGCUGUAAUGGGAGGAUUCAACUACCCUCCUCCUCCUCACCCAUGUGCACUUGGUCUCACCCAAGCCGCCAGCGUGCACACUCGGGAGAUACCAUUACGGGUUGUAGGGGGGCAGGGGGGGAGAUGCAGGAAUUCGGAACCAUCGCCCGAUCUCGUGACGAGUUUACGUCUACGUAUGAUGAACUUCCUUCGCAUCGUGUUGUCGUGAUUUUUAAAUGUGUAUACAACUUUAAAGGACUUUGUUUGCCAGUGAUUUACCACAGACUGGGAAAUAUUUUACCAGUAUUUUCUCAAACACUGCCUUGAAAUGUGUAAUGUGUAACAAUGAUACAUUUCGGGUGAGAGCCCAUUGUUUUAUUCUUUUAAGCACCGCACACAUGUGUGCGGUACGUGCCACUUUAGCCGACAUAACCGGUUGCACUGACCUCCGGAAGAGGUUUCAUCAUUUUUCCGGGAAUUAUGUUUCCAGAUGGCAAAGUUUUGGCCGUAAAAGUGUACUUUGGAUCCAAUGACCACACUGAAAAUCUUGUUGUUGCUGAUUGUUUUUAAAUACUGUGCAUAUAUAUACACAUUUCUCACGUGACGGCCAAAACAAAUAAACACGUUUGU